ACUCAAAAUAUAGGCUACGAUUAUACAAUUUAUUCUCACAUUAAUGUAUCUAUUUCUUAAGCGGUUCACUGAAUUACAGGAAUGCGGACGUGCAUAAAGCGGAAUUGAGGCUCACAGCGCAUCCGUGAUGAUGAAAUCGGUGCGCGUUCAGUUCAGCGCUGCUCCCUCAGCUGUGAGGAAGGAGUUUGGUGUAUUCCAGCGCGCAUACGCCCCCUACGCGCCUCUCCUCCUCCUCUUCUCCUCUUUUCCUCUCCUCUCAUCCAUCCACCCGAGAGCUGCUCUUCCCCCUCUGUCCGCUGCUCCGCUCAUUCAUCCUCUCGGACAGUCUCCAUCCUUUGACGGAGAACAGAAGAAGCAGGGCGGUGGCAUUCGCAAGCCCUAAAUGGUCGGCAUUUGGACGGAAAUCCGCGCGUCAAACCUGGAGAGACAGGACUGCAAGUGAUUGCUAUGUCAGAGAGAAGUUCAACCACAAAGAAUACAGCAGACGGAGGUUAUAUGGAUCACGAUUCAAAGAUGUCGGAUGAGCAUAGAGACACGGAUGAUUCGUCGGAGAAAACGCCAAGUAGGAUGUCCAGAUCUCCGCAGAAAUCCUCCAAAAGACCAAAGACAGUACCUGUGAAAGUCACACUGCUAGAUGGAUCUGCCUAUGAGACCGGGGUGGAGAAGCUUUGCAAAGGACAAGUGUUACUGGAUGCGGUAUGUGAACAUCUCAACCUCUUGGAGAAGGACUACUUCGGCUUAACCUUCAGUGACACGGAGAGCCAAAAGAAUUGGCUAGAUCCUUCAAAAGAAAUCAAGAAACAAAUCCGUGUGGGUCCCUGGCAUUUCUCCUUUGCUGUCAAAUUCUAUCCUCCCGAUCCGUCUCAGCUGAUUGAAGACAUCACACGGUAUUACUUGUGUCUGCAGCUGAGGGAGGACAUACUGUCAGGUCGUUUGCCCUGCUCGUUUGUCACUCAUGCUCUGCUGGGCUCAUACGCCGUUCAGGCUGAGCUGGGAGACUAUGACCCCGAGGAACACGGGCCAGACUACAUCAGCGAGUUCCGCUUCGCCCCCAAUCAGACCCGUGAGCUGGAGGAGAGGGUGAUGGAGCUGCACCGCACCUACAGGGGCAUGAGUCCCGCUGAGGCCGAGAUCAACUUUCUGGAGAACGCCAAGAAACUCUCCAUGUAUGGUGUAGAUCUCCAUCAUGCUAAGGACUCUGAAGGCAUUGACAUCAUGCUAGGAGUGUGUGCCAGUGGCCUCUUGAUCUAUCGAGACCGGCUGCGUAUCAACCGAUUCGCCUGGCCCAAGAUCCUCAAAAUAUCCUACAAGAGAAGCAACUUCUACAUCAAAAUCCGACCUGGAGAGGUAGAGAAAAAGUACGAGCAGUUUGAGAGCACCAUUGGCUUCAAGCUGCCUAACCACCGUGCCUCUAAGCGCUUGUGGAAGGUCUGCAUUGAACAUCACACAUUUUUCAGGUUGGUCUCUCCUGAGCCUCCCCCUAAAGGUUUUCUUGUGAUUGGCUCGAAGUUCCGCUACAGUGGGCGGACCCAAGCCCAGACUCGCCAGGCCAGUGCUUUGAUUGACAGGCCAGCUCCUCAGUUUGAACGAUCAAUUAGUAGGAGGUACCUGCUGUCCCGCAGCAUAGAUGGAGAGUCUGCUUUAGGGGACACUAUGGACAGACUCUCCCAGCACACCUCUUGCGAGCCUGUGCAUAGUCUUCCCAGAGAUGAGCUGGACCAGGACUACCUGGAGCCCAGUCUGGAUCAGGACCUGGACCAAGAUCAUGAACACGAAGUAGAUCAGCAACUAGAGAGUGACUCCACUCCCUCUAAGACUAUGGAGCUCAAGAGGGAGGAGGCAGGCUCUCCUGUAGACUCUAAGACGGAGUCGGACCAGGACUUGGCCCCACGUCCUAAACAGGAGCAGUUCCUGGAUAAACCGGAGGAUGUGUUGCAAAAACAUCAAGCCAGCAUCAAUGAGCUGAAAAGAGCGCUGAGAGAGCCCAACAGCAAACUGGUCCACAGAGAGAAACGUCUCUCUGGAGCUUCAUCCGGCAGCACUCCGGAGAAAAAAUCUGCCUCAGAGGAGUCCCUAUUGAUUGAGAAGCAAGAUGGUUGUCAAAAAGACCUGCCCAUCAGUAAAAAAGACGAAAAGAGCAGGAGUCCUAGAGUAGCUUCAUUAGCCACUGGAUUCAACAGAGAGACAGAAGACAGAAUGAAAGAAAAAGCCAUCACCACACACAGUGAAAUGAGAGAAAAACAAAAUGUAGUAAAAAGGACCUUAACAGAAACCAUCCUAUCACCAGAGAAGCCCCUGAGAAAUCGUGCUAAAAGCCCUGCUUUAAGGUACAACCAUUUCCAGGGAGCCGGUUCUUUGGAGGAGAAAGCAUAUGAUAAUGGGCACCCGCAGGACAGAUCUUUGUCAGAGAAUGUCAUUCAUACAAAUGGAUGCGAAGAAUAUGCGACAGAGAGACUCUGGGGCGAUAAAAAGUACAUAACCAAUAGAGAAGACGAGACCAUGAAUCAAGACUUAGCAAGGCAUGUAGAGAGAAGCUUUGGAGAGGCUUCUCCCAAUGCAGCCAUUGACAAAUAUAUGAGAGAUCGAUAUAAUGAAAGCCGAUGGGAGGGACAAUCCUGUGAAAAAGAAUCCGAGAACACCAGAGCUACCUUACAGAAGCAAACAUCUAAACCAGAUCCCAAAGGUAAAGGCCCAACAGUCCAGAGACAUGAUUCUACUGCAAGCGACACAUCGCAGUCUGAGGUGAAACGAAUUGUUCCACUGAAGCCUGAGAGGUCGAAGAAGUUGAAAGGCAGUAAAGGAGCCAAGCUGCAAGGACAACCGAGUGAGAAGAGCAUUUCAGGAUCAUUUGAUGAAGGUGAAGGGACCAAGUCUAAAGAAGAGCAAGCUGGGUUCGAUAAUGCCCUGGAUGGCUUCUUUCAGCCCGGACAUUCCGCUGCUUUAGAAAGCACUGGCACUUUUUCCAAGCAAGACUGGAUGAGUAAUUGUCACAAUAGGGAAGUCAGAGAAUAUAGCCGACAGUCUGUCCAAGACAGGCCCCAAUUAAGAGAUCUCAAGAACAGUGCAGACCACAGACUUAGUAUCGAACAAGAUCAGUUUCUUUUUGAAGAUCCAUUGUUUAUGUUUGACUUUCCCACCAAUUCAGCAUUUCCAGCCUUUGACCAGAUUCCCCCUUUAUACCCGCCUGUAAAAUCCCAGAGGGCAAGAGAUACACGCACCAAACCAAUCACCAAAAGCGAUUCUGGCAACAGUCUUCACAAGUGCUCCACCAUGGAAUCUUCCAAGAGGAAACCAGUGAGAGAGCCCUGGGAGAGACGCUUGGGAUCAGUAUCGGAAGAUGACCCUGACCCAGACACUCUGUACCUGAAGGAGACUCACCUGGGCAUUGAGCGCAAAUGCUCGAGUAUCACUGUUAGCUCAACGUCUAGCCUGGAGGCUGAGGUGGACUUCACUGUGCUCAUGGACUUCCAAACGGGUAUUGAGGAAUUUUCUAGAGGCAUGACUGAGCUGGGGGAGAAAGACUUCUCACCUGAGUUUGGCCUCUCUGACCGUCCCACCCAUCCGGCCUUUAUACUGGGAGCAGAUCCUAUCUACCUUCCGGAGGAGAGACAUGUAGAAGUUCAGAGGCCCGUAGAGAAACCAAAGCCCGUUGUAGAACAGAAGCCACCGGAGGAACGUAAACCGGAGCCUUUUGUACCUAAGAAAGCUCCACGGUCAGUGAAAGCAGCCCAAGCCCUGAGGAAAGACUCUACAGAACAAGCUAAUGCCCAGUCGAUGAGAAGGGAGAGCUCUGAAUCGCCCCCAAUCCAUCCUCUAAGCAGAGAGAGCAGUGAAAUCAUUGCCUCCCAAGCUCUAAGGAAGACCGAGGUCAAGAUCGAGACGCAGCCCAAUGGCUCUGAGGUCACCACGACUAUAAUGGAGAUUGCAGACCCGGACCACGGUAUUAGUGGUAUGCGAGAGGCUGCAUACUCUAUGACAGAGAGAGUCUCUCCUGUGAACUUGGGAUCAUUAGGUAGAGAUGGCUCUCCUCUAAUGGUUACUGAGAAUGUAACAUCAGCCACUACAACGCAUGUUACAAAGACAGUGAAAGGAGGCUACUCGGAGACAAGAAUUGAAAAGAGGAUUAUCAUUACUGGUGAUGAUGAUGUCGAUCAAGAUCAGGCGCUCGCCAUGGCAAUAAAAGAAGCCAAGCAACAGCACCCUGACAUGUUGGUAACCAAGGCUGUAGUUGUCAGGGAAACAGAAUCUUCCACUCAAGAUCCACAUGAGGAAUUGAAGUCCUGAUCUCCUCAGUUCUCAGGACUUCAACGAGAAGCAACUGUUCCUCAGUGACUGCCAGCGGGUCGCCACCAUCGACAGACCUCUUAUGCUAAGCUUCUUGCUUCCACUUACAUAAACAACACUAACAUUUACACAUGCACACAAACACAUGCUGCCUCCCAGACAUCAGAACCAAUUCCUUCCCAUGUAAUUUCUAUUUUGUGUCUUCAUUCGCUGUGGUAAUAUGGACAUGCUCGUUCAAGAGGCGCGCAGACUUCUCGGCUGAGGACCGUCUGGGAAGGACAGACUCAGCGUCACAUCGAUCAGACGAUUUAGCUGCCAUUGUAGUCUCUUGCUUUUUCUUCACAAUUGUGAAAACUAACCAAGCGUACUAUCGACAGCCCAAUGCUAACAUCAAGCAUGAGGCACGGGGCUUUUUGAUGAACAUUGCUGAAGAUUUAGCUUAGUGGAUUGACAGUAGUGUCUAUUGAGUAGUUUUUCUAGGGCUCAUUGAGAUAUAACACUUUUUGCAAACACUGAACUGUAGGGAAAAGCCUAGAUAGCGUACAUACAGUAUGUCGUGCUUCUCUGAUCAACAGACAUUAUGUUGUUAUUCUGAACCUCAUCUGCAUGUGGCAAAGCAGGGUUUAAAAUGUUUUCAUAUACAUCCAACUAACUAAAAGCUCUGGUUCAGUGUCCUUACAAACCAGAGAGACUGUAUUAAUGUAUGAUUGCCAGACCUUUUGACGGUCCUCUGAAAAGUAUUUAUUUCCAUAUUAGACAUGAUAUGAAGAUAGUGGACUUGCACAUUUUCCCCUGGAAAUUACUGCUGUAUUGUUUUACAGAUGUCCAGAAUAUAUAUAUUUUUUUUUUCCCCUCUCGGUAGUCAUUACAUAUGCUAUAGAUAUCAUGAACAGAGAAAAAUGAAACUUUGUCAAGGUACAAACUUUAGAUUCAAAAUAUCCCCAUAUAGCAGUUUUGAAAUGCACAAUACAAACAGUAACACGUUUGCUCGUUGAAUGCUCUAUUUCGUUUUCCUACACGUGUUGUUAAACUGUGAAAAAUGAUUUGAAGUCCAAAGAAGCCAAAACCUAAUUUGAGUUCAGUACAUGCUGACACAAUUACAUAAUUAUUUCAUGUGUUAUGUGCAUGUGCAUUUAGACUUGAAGCAUUUGAAGAAAAAUCAGUUUAUUGAGAUCGCAGAAAACAAUUCAGUAUUAUUUUCCAACAAGCUGAUAUAUAACAAACUCCCUACUGCUCUAUACGUUUAUGAAACUUAUGUGAUUUUAUUUUUUAAACUGUUCCUCCCACAUAAUGCUGUGCCAAUGAACUAAUGGUUUUUAAUCACUGUCGAAAUGAUUCUGAUUUGUUAGAUAUGACAACUUUUAUGUGUAAAUGUCAUGAGCCUGUGGUUUUCAGUGAAGCGUGACCCUUGAGCCAUGAUUCCCUUUACAAACGUUUCCUCUGUGAAAGCAGUAGAAAUCCUGGAAAGGACGUGUAUGUGUUCUAGUAUUGAAUGGAUGAAUGAGCUUUGAAUUGUGUGUAUUGCCAAAUGAAAAACAUAGCAUACUUUAUAUUAGGAUGAGAGAAGGCCAGGAUAGAGUCUUAAUAACCUUUGCUAACAUGGUCAAGGCUUGUUGUUGUGUAACUAAUGCAUUUGUUCAGGACUGUGCACUAUGUGAAAAUUAUAACACUUCACACAACCUGCAGGUAUCAGAAGGGAAAUUUGUAUACUUCCAACUUGUACAGUUACUGAUUUUUGAGGACACGAGAGCUGUUCUUGAAUAUAAAGAAAAGAAGUGCCAUGCAAAGGUUGAUAGAUGGAUUCCAAAUCAACCACAGCGUUCUUUCGCCAGCCCAUCUGCUAAGCCUAUGUCAGAGUUUUGUCUCUUUACAAGGCAACGUCCUUGUUUAUGCUGUACAUGUUGCACUGAAGAUUUGAACUUUGAGGAAAACGAGUAAAGCUUAGAAAACUACUUUAAGAAUUGGUUCCCCUCAGAUUCCACCUGCAGACACUUCUGUUUACAUGGCUAUCCUCUCUACUUUCUACUGCUUGGUUUUGUGUGUUUGCUGUACAGUGUUCGAAAUAAAUAAGAACCAUCCAUGUG